GUGCCGACUGAUCUCUUUUACUUGAAAAUCUCAAUGUAGUUAAUAAUUUCACAAUUCAGAGACUGCAAAGUCGUCGUGAUUUAAGUUAUGAUCCUUAAGAAAUAAUUAAAGAACUCAGAUCCAUGAUCUCGUAGAUUCUGACAUGAAAAAACAAGUUAGAACUGAUUUCUAACUCCAGGUUUCUGCAACCACAAUUAAGAUUCAUACUUGUUAGAUAAUAGACACUAUGACUAAACCAUUGUUCCCUCAAGUACAAGCAAGAAAGCCCCAGAGGCCUCCUUCUCUCAACUCUUCUAAACUCUCAAUCUACCUUCUACUCACAUUUGUCUGCUGUUUCGUUCUUUUCCACUCCCUUCGGACCCCAUUGUUUAGUCCUGCCUCAGCCCCGUCUUUCUCUUCAUGGACUAUAUUGCAAGACUGGCAGAGUCUAAUCAUCAACACAACCCUCAUCUUGAAGAACUACACCAACCAGCUAGAUUCCUUAGCUUUCAAGCUCCAGGAAAGUGUAACAUUUCUCCCCCUGAAGGACCUUCGUUAUGCCAACACACCCCAAGACGAUCACACCUGGUUCAUGAGCUCCUUAAAUGACACAAUUGAGAAAGGUGAAGUCCAGCACCAACAAUUUCCUUCCAAUUCCUCAAAAGGCAGACUACUAUGCAUAAAAGGUCACGAUGAUCACGAUGGUGCAAGGAACUCAUACGCGCUUGCAUGGCCAGAGGCAUUGCCAAGAAAUGCUACUCUCAUGAAAGGUCUUAGUUAUGUAUUAAAUAAUCACUAUGAUUAUGAUAAUUUAUGGCAUGGGCUGUCAGCUAUGGCAUCAUUUGUUGCGUGGCAUAUUAAGAAUGAGUGUUCUACACCGCCAUCAAGGUGGAUUUUGUACCACUGGGGGGAACUUAGAUAUAAUGUGGGGAGUUGGUUGAAGAACUUAAUGGAAGCCACGUAUUCUGGAACCCUAAAUAUUCAAACAUUUGAAAGUUUUAGUGAUGAUGAACCAAUUUGUUUCGAAAAGGCUGUGGUCAUGAGGCACAAUGUGGGGGGAAUGUCUACAGAAAAUUUGUUAAAAGUUUUUGAUCUUAUUAGGUGCAGAGCAAGAAUUUAUUGUAAUGUGAGUUUGGAAGGCAAUUUUGAAGGUAGAAUUGGAAUGACAAUAUUAAUGAGAACAGGGACAAGAUCGUUUAGGAACGAAUCAGUGGUGGUUCGGAUUUUUGGAGGGGAGUGUCGGAAGGUAAAGGGAUGCCGGUUAGUGGUGGCUCAAUCAAGUAAUCUCACCUUCUGUGAACAGGUUCAGCUAAUGAGUUCAACGGAUAUUUUGAUAUCACCACAUGGAGCUCAAUUAGCUAAUUUGUUCCUGAUGGAUAGAAACAGCAGUGUCAUGGAAUUCUUCCCCAAGGGCUGGUUGAAACUAGCAGGGGUAGGUCAAUUUGUCUUCCAGUGGAUGGCUAGCUGGUGCGGGAUGAAGCAUCAGGGCACCUGGCAUGAUCCUGAUGGUGCAUAUUGUCAGUAUACUGAGGAUGAUCGCCGUUGCAUGACUCUUUACAAGAAGGGAACAAUUGGUUACAAUGAGACUCAUUUUUCCAGAUGGGGGGCAAAUGUUCUGAAUGAAGUGAAGAGGUUAAAAUUAGAGGGAGUAUCACAAGGGAGGUUUACAAGUAGUCAUGGAUGUAUUUGUGCUUGAAUUUUUCGUCUUAAAAUUUAGCAGAGGAUUAAAGCAUGCAAUGUUUAUUUUGUUUUACAUUACCUGCAGACUCAGUUUUAAAGUAUUUUAAAUUUUCUUGGAA